AUGAUUGCCCCUCGCCAAUCCUUUAUUAGGCCGCUUCUUUUGUCGCUCCUGAUAGUGUCGGCCAUUUCUUCGAAAGCGUUACACCUAUACCAGCACGGCGGUUCGCUCCCUCGCGCGCGACUUUUACUUUACUUUCCGACCUUCUUCAUUCAGGAAGGAAUUCUUUUCGCAGCUGCUCGGAUUCUCCUUCAAAGAUCGACCGGCGUGCGAUCUGUCGCGGGAACGAUAGCAAUAGCUAUAAUUGCGUUUCUGACUUUUAUAUUGUCAUCUUCUCAAAUAGGAUUUUACUGUGUGACCGGCAGCGAAGUCCGUUGGGAUGCAGCCACGAGCGUGGGAAAUGACCCGGAAGGACGAAAGCUCAUGCUCAGCGGGUUGCGAUCGUUUCUUGGUGCAGCAGGAGUGCUUAUGGUUCUAUCAUGGGCUUGUACCACUGCGAUAUGGGUGAUGGCCAACAGCUUAUUCUCGUCUGUUUUCAGCACAAAGUUCACCGAGAAAAUCGACGAGGAGCUCACGCUUGAUCGUCUACAACAGAACACUCGGAGACAGCGUGUUGUUCGGAUCUGGGCUCUUUGUGCUGUUGCGCUGACUGUUGGACUUCGCCUGGUGCGGCCACAAGUACCGUACAAUCAUAUGUCUGGGGCUCUUCCAUUUACCUUUUUCGAAGCACUGCGGUCGAAGUCAAAACCGGAUCAGCUGGGUGAUCAGGACUUCCCCUUGUCGGAGUUAAUUGGGGAAGAGUACUGGGAAGCUCCUCAUGGCCAUUUCAAAGGAUGGGCCCCUGGUGGAGAUGACAAGAUCGAUACCAUUGGCCGUCCUGAAUGGGCUUCUGAAUUCUUACCGCAUGGCUUUCAGCGUUGGGAGAGUACGCUGGAGUCGGUAUAUGAGACCGAGGAAGGUCAUGAACAGAAGCCACCGAAAAAUUAUUACAAGCCGGCAAACGAUCCACUAAGAAUCACAAACCUCAACCAGAAUGUUGUUGAGCCAAUUGCCCGGGCUAUCAAGAACCACAAUGUCCCGAUCAAUCAUGUUUUCCUGGUGAUGAUGGAGAGCGCCCGGAAAGACAUCUUUCCCAUCAAAGCAGACUCCCACCUUCAUCAUGAGAUUUUGUCAUCUUAUCAUAAUCCGGAUCCAGCCAUCAUCCAGCUUGUGAAUUCGAAGCUCUCUCAUCUGACCCCAAUUGCGGAGCAAUUGACAGGUGAAUCGAGCGGCUUCCGAAGUAGCGGCAAUAGGUCCGAAGGCCUGUGGAAGGAUACAGCCGAGUCUGGAAUGGGUGGUAUCAAUGUCAAUGGCAUUCUUACGGGCAGUAGUCUUUCCUUCAAGAGCGCAGUCAUGAAUCAUUGUGGCGUCGGCCCUAUCCCGGUUGAUUUUAUGGAUGAAGUCAAGGCCGAGAUUUAUCAGCCAUGCAUCAUGCAAGUUUUGGAUUUAUUUAAUCAGCUGAAAGGAGACUCGACCAGCAGCACCGGGUCCCGUAUCGGGAUUAAUGAUGCUCAACAUCGCAACUGGACAUCUGUCUUCCUGCAAUCUAUCACUGGUCUGUACGAUGACCAAGAUGUUCUCAACAAUCAGAUGGGGUUCAAGAAAGCUAUAUACAGUGAAGAAAUUAGCCGUUCGAGUGCAAAGCAUUACCAUCCCGGUAUGGAGGAAAUCAAUUACUUUGGCUACGCAGAACGUGAGGUGUACCCAUACCUAAAAGAUAUCGUCAACGAAGCGAUUGAAAACAAGGAAAGACUAUUCUUCUCGCACUUCACCAGUACAACCCAUCAUCCGUGGUCCACGCCCGCCGAUUUUCACGAAGAACAGUACUUCGCAGUCGACGGCCUGAUGAGCAACCACGAGGACAUGAAUAACUACCUGAACACAGUCCGCUACGUAGACGGCUGGCUAGGGGAUAUCUUAAAGGUCCUAGAUGACACCGGCAUCGCCAAUGAGACACUAGUAGUCCUCGUCGGAGAUCAUGGCCAAGCCUUCAACGAAGACUCACCGGUAUCAGGAACAUACGAGAAUGGACACAUCAGCAACUUCCGAAUCCCACUCGUCUUCCGACACCCACUCCUCCCUAAGAUCCAGAUCACCGCCAACGCCACUUCCAUGUCCAUCGUCCCCACGAUCCUCGACCUCCUAGUACAAACCGGAUCCCUCGACGACAAAGACUCGACAGCCGCACUAGACCUUCUCAACGAAUACGAAGGACAAUCUCUCAUCCGCCCAUACCAAGCUACGCACAAUGGCCGACAAGCGUGGAAUUUCGGAAUCAUCAAUGCUGGCGGCACGAUGCUUAGUGUCGGGUCCGCGGCCGUGCCUUAUCGAUUGAUCCUGCCAUUGACGGAAGACUUUGAAUUCGUCUUUUCAAAUCUAGAUUCGGAUCCCGAUGAACUAUACCCGAUACGCGGGUGGUCUGCUGAAGAGCUCAUCCCGCGUGUUAGGAGUAGACACGGCGAACAAGCUGCACAGUGGGUGAAUGAAGCGGAGAAGGUCGGGCGGUGGUGGGUUGCAGAACGAAAACGACUUUGGAAUUUCGAGUAG